AUGCAAAACGAACAGCUUAACGAAUUUACACCAGCUGAACAUAUCCAUCAAAUUCGUUCAUAUUUUGAUGUAAUCGAUAAUGCAAUUAAUAUUGGUGAUACUAAUAGAAGAUAUAUCGAUGCAAAAAUUCCAUCACAACCAGGAAGCGCAAAGGAUCAUAACUGGGUCACAUUCAAUUUAUCUCCGCCAGGUGAAAAUAUGCUAGACCUUUAUAACACAUUCCUUACAACUACCUAUAAAAGUAAAUAUAUCCUGGAUAAUGCUAUUACUGGCUCAUCAAUUCCAAAUACUAAUUCUCCAGGUUUCUUUGGCGUUUUUGAUGAAUCAAUUUACACCAUUAGCGCUUAUCAGUUAUUAGCAAAUGGAAGAGUUAUUUAUAGUCAGGAUAACGCAAGAGAAGAAGCAUAUAUCAUUUCUAAUUCACAGACUACAGAACAAAUAAAGAAAGUUGAUGUUUUCUCAAAAACGAGACAUAAAGAUGUAUGGAAACGUUCUGGAACAGUUCGAACAGGUCAAAUUAUCUCAGGACCUUUAGCUGCAGGAGCUGAAAUUAAUUUUGACAUUAAA